AUGACGCUCACAAGUCCGACCACGAUUCUUAAUCAUCAGCAUGGCAACCGAGAGACCUGUCCACUCCUCCACGAAGUCCCGGUAUCGCUCAGACAUCAAAGACGCCGCCAUUCGGCCCAUCAGCCAGUUCGUCAAAAUUCUCUCGCCCCUGACCCGGAGGCUAUCUUUCUCAAAGUAGACCUCUUUGUAACUGAGCUGGAGCGGCGGCUCAAUUGGAUCGAAGCUUAUGGCAAUAUUACCCUGGAUGCGGGCAUCAGCCGCGCCUACCACACUUUGGACGCAGUUCGCGAUUCCUGCUCUCACGUCUCGGGAGAGCUCAUUGGGGCUGGAAGGAGGCGCGCUCGAAUAUUCGUGGACACCGUUGAAGAGAGAUAUAAACAUGCCUUAGCUACAAAAGAGACGUUGGAGGGGAAAGCGCAGGCUGGGAUGCGUAUGAUGGAAGGCUUCCUUGCCGAAUUGGAGGCUCGCGCUUUGGCGGUUAAGCAAGGAGGUCUCUCUGAAGUAAUUGACGGUGGCUGGCGGAUUGCCGAAGGAGGGGUUCAAAGGGCUCGAGAAGUGGUUGAUGAAGGCAUUGAAAAGGCACGAAGGGCAAGAGAAAGCCUGAAGGAGAGCGUGGAGCAUGCCGUCCAGCGUGCAAGGGAACACCGGCUUAUCACUUACGAUGACCUUCCGCAUCCGUGGAGAGUCAACCCGUACAUCCUCCGAGGUUAUCGUUUCUCUGAAAACAAGCUCGAUUGCGUCAAAUCCGUCUUCAAUUACUCGAACGAGACGGUCAAUAUUUGGUCUCACGUUAUUGGUCUCAUCAUCGUCCUCGCCGUCGCGUUCUACUUCUAUCCUACGUCUGUGAACUUCUCUCAGUCCUCAAAAGCCGACGUCUUCUUCGCGGCGGCAUUCUUCUUUGCUGCUGCUAAAUGUCUGAUCUGCUCGUGUAUGUGGCACACGAUGAGCAGCAUCUCGGAACAGACGGUGAUGGAGCGAUUUGCAUGCGUAGAUUACACCGGGAUCUCACUGUUGAUUGCUGCGUCCAUUAUGACUUCGGAGUAUACUGCGUUCUAUUGUGAGCCCGUGAGUCGUUGGACAUACAUCUCCCUGACUGCGACUCUCGGCAUCGGAGGGGUCAUUCUGCCAUGGCACCCGACGUUCAAUCGGCCAGACAUGAAUUGGGCACGCGUCUCGUUCUAUGUCUCGCUUGCAGCGACAGGGUUUGCCCCUGUCUUUCAACUCAGCCUUACUAAAGGGGCAAGCUGGGCGUGGAAUUUCUACUCACCCAUCAUUAAGUCCGUCGCGGUGUAUCUAAUCGGGGCAGUUAUCUAUGCAAGCCAAGUGCCCGAGCGAUGGCUGCACGGCUGGUUUGACUACGCCGGGGGGAGCCAUAACAUUUGGCAUCUGGCGGUCUUGGGAGGCAUACUGUAUCAUUAUGCAGCGAUGGAGAGUUUCUUCUCCAUAGCUUUCAAGAUGGGCAGAGAUGACUGCCGCCCGGACCUACAGCUCGCAUGA